AUGGGCAGCUGCUGCCACACUCUCUUGCGCGAUCUCGAGUUCCUGAAGGUCGUCAUCGGCGUCAAGCGGCGCGGUGAUGCGCUCGUCGCCCUUGACAAACGGGACGGCUUUACCACCGCCGACUGGCUGGAGGCCUGCGUCGGGCGCAGUCCAGAUGACGAGGCGCUUGUGUUUGAGGGACAGAGCUGGUCGUUCAAGGAGCUCGACGAGAAUGCGAACCGCGUGGCCAACUGGGGUGUCAGCGCCGGCCUCGCCGCGGGUGACACGGUGGGGCUCUUGAUGGAGAACUCGGCGGCGUUCAUCUUCUUUGUCUUUGGCCUCUCAAAGCUCGGCGCCAGUGCUGCGCUCAUCAAUCACAAUCUGACCGGCGGCCCGUUUGCGCACUGCGUCGAGCAGACAGGCUGCAAGGCCUUGAUCUUUGACACGUCCCUAUGCGCUACGAUCGGCGCUUACGUCGACAGCCACGGCGGAGGCAUGCGAAUGUUUUGCUACGGCAGUGUGGAUUCGGACGCGCCCGCGUUUGCGUUGGAAAUCGACCCGUUCCGUGGCCAUGCCGCCUCCAGCGUGCCGAGGGAGCUGCGUGCCGGCUCGACCCGUUUGAACGCCUCGUUAGGGACGACGGGGCUGCCAAAGGCGGCGCGCAUACACCACCUCAAGGCGAUGCUCGCCGGCGUCACCAUGUACGACUUCCACCGCGUCGGCAAGGGCGAUCGCGUCUACCUCACCCUUCCCCUCUACCACUCCUCCGCCAUGCUCAUCGGCGUCUUUGGCUGUGCGGCGCUCGGCCUGCCGCUGCUCCUGCGGCGCAGAUUCUCGGCCAGCCAGUUCUUCUCCGACUGCGCUCGCCUGCGCGCCACCGUCGUGCUGUACAUCGGAGAGAUCUGCCGAUACCUCUGCGCGACGCCGCCGGGGCCGCACGACCGCGCGCACUCGGUCCGAGCCGCGAUCGGGAAUGGCUUGCGGCCAGACGUGUGGGAGCAGCUCGUCGAGCGCUUCGGCAUCGGAUACGUGGGUGAGUUUUACGCGAGCACCGAGGGCAACGCGAAUCUGAUCAACAACCAGAACAGGCGGGGCGCCAUCGGCUUCAUCUCGCCGCUCAUCAAGCGCAAGUACCCCAUCGUCCGUUUCGACGUGGAGCGCGAGCGCGUCGUGCGCGACGCGGCCGGCCGCUGCGUGGAGGCGGCAGCGGGCGAGGUUGGCGAGCUGCUCGGCCUCAUCGAUAACGCCGACGUCACGCGCCGCUUCGACGGCUACACGGACCGUGCGGCGACGGAGAAGAAGAUCCUGCGCGACGUUGCGGCGGAGGGAGACCUCUACUUCUCGACGGGCGACCUCGUCCGGCAGGACGUGGAAGGGUUCGUGUACUUCGUGGACCGCAUCGGCGACACGUUUCGCUGGAAGGGCGAGAACGUGUCGACGGCGGAGUGCCCAAAGGUGGCGGAGAUACUGAGCGCCGCUCCGGGCGUGAGCGAGUCGACAGUCUACGGCGUCUCUGUCGGCUCGCUCGAGGGCCGCGCCGGCAUGGCGGCGCUCGUCGUCGAGGCCGCGAGCUUCAGAUUUGAGGCGCUGGCGCAGACCGUGGCGUCCUUACCCCGGUACGCCCGGCCGCUCUUCGUGCGGCUCCUGCCGGCCCUGGAGCUCACGGCCACCUUCAAGAUUCGGAAGGGCAAGCUUGUGGAGCAAGGCUUCGACCCGGCGGUCGUCAGCGACGUGUGGCUCUACGAGGAGGCGGCGGGGGCGUACAGGCCUCUGGAUGUAGAGAUGCACAGGCGGCUCGUAAGCGGGCAGGUGAAGCUCUGA